AUCAUCUGACAGUCCGAUCAAAGAGCCGCCCUAUGACGACCUUUCACCCCUUUAUGACACGCACACUUUUGUCGUCCCGGGAUUCGGUGUCGGUUUCAGUUGCGCAACCAGGAGCAGCGUUUAUUGCACUAAUGUUGGGAAAUCCGCGCAGAGUUUGCGGGGUGGAUGCUGGCCCCGCCCCCGCGCGCUGCUAGGGAGAGCGCGCGCGCAGCCGCCGGGAUACCACAGUGCCGCCGCGCGCCCUGCUCCGUGCUGCACCGGUACAGCGCCGCCGCACCUCACACCGGAAACUUAACGCAGACUCCCGGAGCCCGCAGGACCUGCUGACUGAUGCUUUGGUUCGUUUUCUUUUCUUUUCUUUUCUUUUUGGAGCCGUUUCUGUGCCGCUGACACUGUCUCGAACCCCCGCACACGGGCGCACGGUCACCGGGGCAUGCCGCGCCUGUGGUACCGCUCACGGACCGCCACCCUCACGGAGCAGCAGUGACCCGGUCCGGCUGGACUCCGGCUCCGGUUCCGUCUGGAAGAACCGGUGCGCGGGAGGUACCGGAGGAAUAUCUGCGUCCGGUGGAUUGUUGAGUUUGUUUCACGCUCUUUGUGGAUUCUUUUUAUUCCUCUUUAAACUGCGCUCCUGGAGGCGUGGAGCGGCUCGGUUCGGGUGCCGAGGAGGAGCGGAGCCUGUAGCCGGGCUGGAGCGCUCACAGCUGGGGACCCGCGCGGAUCUCACCCGGUCCAGAGUGCUGCUGUUGGGCGCUGACAUGGCUCUGCGGUGGAAGCUUCUGCUCUUCUCGGCGGUCAUCCUGCUGGUGUCCUGCGACGCCGCGUCAACAGACAUCUUGUACCGGGUUGCUGAGGAGCAGCCGCCAAACACGCUGAUCGGCAGCCUGGCAGCGGAUCAGGGUCUGCCCGACACCGGUCACCUCUACAAACUGGAGGUGGGGUCACCGUACCUGCGUGUAGAUGGCAAAACCGGUGACAUCUACACCACAGAGAUCCCCAUUGAUCGUGAGACGCUGAGGGAUUGUCGCAACCUGCUUGAUGGCGACAAGUGUUUCCUGGAAUUUGAGGUGUCCAUCACAGACAUGGUGAAGGGCAUCGGCAUGGGACCGCGGCUGAUCGAGGGCCGCAUCGAGGUGCUGGACAUCAACGACAACACGCCGCAGUUCUCCUCACCCAUCCUCACCCUGUCCAUCCCUGAGAACACACACAUUGGCGCCCUGUUCUCCAUCCCCAUGGCCACCGACAGGGACUCCGGCACCAACGGUGUGGCCGAGUACUCACUGAACACCGGGCCAGACUCCGACCAGCUCUUCAGUCUGCAGGUCGCUGUGGAUACAGACGAGAAGCUGCCUCAGCUGGUUGUCAUGGGCAACCUGGACCGUGAAAAGAAGGACUCUUACGACCUGAACAUUCGGGUGGUGGACGGCGGGACUCCAGCGAGAGCGAGUAGUGCCCUGCUCCGGGUCACCGUCACCGACCAGAAUGACAAUGCCCCAAAGUUUGAGAGGAGUCACUAUGAGGUGGAUCUGCCGGAGAACAGCCCGCAGGGUCACUCGGUGCUGCAGGUCAGAGCCAAUGACGCAGACACCGGCACAAACGGAGAGAUUGACUACAGCUUCCACCAGGCAUCAGAAACCCUCCAGAGGCUUCUGCGCAUUGACCGUUCCACUGGCAUCAUCUACGUCCGGAGCCCGGUGGACCGCGAGGAGGAGAACUUCCUUAAGUUUUUUGUAGUUGCAAGAGAUCGUGGACCCAACUCCAAGAGCUCCAAGGUUCUGGUGACCAUCAACGUCAAGGACCAAAAUGACAAUGCACCAACCAUUGAGAUUCGCGGUUUUGGUUUAGUGACGCACCAGGACGGCAUUGCCAAUAUCUCUGAGGACAUGCCCAUUGGCACCCCGGUGGCACUGGUUCAAGUGUCCGACCGUGAUGAGGGGGAAAAUGCAGUGGUGACAUGCGUGGUUGCUGGUGAUGUCCCGUUUCAGCUCCGACCUGCAAGCGAGUCAGCCAAUGAUCGUAAAAGGAAGUACUUCCUGCAGACAACAACUCUGCUGGAUUAUGAGCGUGUUAAGGAUUACAGGAUUGAAAUUGUUGCUGUGGAUUCUGGGAACCCGGCUCUUUCCAGUACCAACUCCCUUAAAGUCCAGGUUACUGACAUGAAUGACAACACACCAGGUUUUUCACCUGCAUUACUUGAGGUGGACUUUGCUGAAGGGAACCAACCGGGUGACAAAGUACUGGAUGUCGUGGCAACAGAUGCAGACACGGGCACAAACGCAGAGUUGGCCUACAGCAUCAUUGAGCUCUCAUCCUCCAGGCUAUUUGAGAUUGAUUCCAACACUGGAGAGGUUCGAGUGAAGAACCUGCUGGAUCGUGAAGAAACUGAGCGUUAUGAGUUCCGUGUGGCAGCAGCAGAUAAAGGCCUUCCGAGCAAAACUGGUACUGCCACCGUGGUUAUUAACGUUCUUGACCGCAAUGACAAUGACCCAAAGUUCAUGCUGAGUGGUUACAGCUUCUCGGUCAUCGAGAACAUGCCUCCGCUAAAUCCAGUGGGUGUAGUGACGGUUACUGAUGCUGAUAAGGGUGAAAACGCUCGCGUGAGACUGUUUGUGGAACCAGACAAUGGAAAGUUUGUCAUCCAGAAUGGCACAGGAACCAUCCUCUCCAGAAUCUCCUUUGAUCGAGAAAAGGAGAGCACCUACACCUUCCGUCUAAAGGCUGUUGAUACUGGUGACCCACCAAGGUCAUCUUACGUGGGCGUAACCAUCAAUGUCCUGGAUGAGAAUGAUAAUGCACCUUAUGUCACCAAGCCAGCCAACUCUACGUACAAAUACCUGCCACCCGUCACUCAUCCAGAGAGCCUUGUGGAAGUGGUGGAGGCGGAGGACAUUGACUCAGGACCCAAUGCAGAGCUGAUCUACAGCAUCACUGGCGGCAACCCAUAUGGCCUGUUCCACAUCUCGCCCAACAGUGGGGAGAUCACACUGGCACAGGAAUUCACUGGAAAGCAUAAUGGACUGCACCGUUUGGUGGUGAAGGUCAGUGAUAAAGGAAAACCGGCCCGCCACACCACUGCUCUGGUUCACAUUUUUGUCAAUGACACUAUUGGCAACAUCACCCUGAUUGAAUCGCUGGUUGGACACAGUCUCUACACCCCUCUGGACAGGGACAUUGCUGGAGACCCCAACUAUGCUCUCGCUCAGCGCAGCAACAUCCUGUAUGGCAGCCUAGCAGGAAUUGCUGGCGUUAUCCUGGUCAUCAUAGCUGUGGUGGUCAUUAGACACCGUCUGCAGAAGGACACAAAGAGUGGGUACCAAGCUGGUAAGAAGGAGAGCAAGGAUCUGUAUGCCCCCAAACAGGGCCCCAAAAAUGGAAAAGCCAAAAAGACCAAGAAAGGAAAAGCUCUCAAACCAGCAAAACCACUGGAGGAGGACGAGGAAGCCAGCCUUCAGAAAGGUCUGAAGUUCAAUCUCAUCAAUGACACUGUCAACGACAGUCCCAGAAUCCACCUGCCCCUUAACUACCCACCAGGAAGCCCUGACCUGGGUCGGCAUUACCGCUCUAAUUCCCCCCUACCUUCAAUUCAGCUUCAGCCUCAAUCACCCUCCGCCUCCAAGAAGCACCAAGCUGUUCAGGACCUCCCGGCCACCAACACCUUUGUGGGGACGGGCGACAACAACUCCACGGAGUCCGACCAAUAUUCGGAUUACAGCUACAAGGCCAACCCGCCUAAAUACAGCAACAAACAGCUUCCCCACCGCCGAGUGACCUUCUCCACUGCCAAUCAGGCACAGGACCUGCAGGACGCAUCCCAGCACAGCUACUACGACAGCGGCCUGGAGGACUCGGAAACGCCCAGCUCCAAGUCUUCAUCAGGCCCACGGAUCGGCCCGCUGGCGCUGCCAGAGGACCACUACGAGCGGACCACGCCCGACGGCAGCAUCGGUGAGAUGGAGCACCCGGAGAACGAUCUCAGGCCUCUGCCCGACGUGGCGAUGACUGGUAACUGCACCCGCGAGUGCACCGAGUUCGGCCACUCUGACUCCUGCUGGAUGCCUGGCCAGCCUUCCCCCAAUCGCAAGCUGUCCAAGAACGCUCCCAAGCUCUCCACCUUUGUGCCUUACCAGGAGAUGGAUGGCCAGGAGCAGCUGAUGGCCAAUGGCAGCCCCAAGCCCAUAGCGACAGAGGAGCGUGAAACAGGCGGCGGCAGUGGAGUGGGGUCCAAAGUGGCCAGCAUGCGGUUCAUGACACCCUACACCAGUGCCUACUCCGGAAGCGGAGACUCAUCCGGUAAAGACUGUGGCAUGGAGGAGAUCCCACUGAGCCAGGCAGUGGAGUACCACUCAGCGACCACCCCGACCGGCCCCACCUCAAAGAGGGAGAUCUACCUGUGAGGGCGUGGCCAUCCAUCUGUACCCCCACAGUCAUUUCUCACUGCUACCCCCCCCCCCCCCCCCCCCGCACCUCCAGGGUGUCCCGUGCCUCCUGAUCCACUUCUCCUCAUUCCUUUUUAUAAUGACAUACACCAUACAAGGCUAUAUUUAGACCCAGUCCCUCUUGUCCACCGCCACCGCCCCCUCAACCCAAUCAAAUGUAAAAUAGAAUUUAAAAAUCAAAGGAAGAAGACACACAGCCACUUGUGCUGUGGCAGGAAUGUAAACUUCACCAUGUGGUUGUGAUAAUUUAACAGGAAACUUUUUAGCGCAUCACGUAUUUGAGUUGAAUUCUGUGCGUCGCUUUACGCUGUGUCGCCGUGUUGAAAAACAAAAACACCUUCAGACUGAAGGCAAAGUCUGUGUACAUCCCACUUUAGUAUCCUGUGUAACGAUAUCUAUCUUGAGUUUUGGAUUUGUUUGAUAUUUUUUGGGAUUUUUCUCUUUCGACCCCAGAGCCUCCAGGAAAUACCGCUCUAAGCCACGUCGAGUUCCUGCUGAGAACUUUUUUCUUAUCUGGCUGUACAGUUCUGUAAAUACUCCACAGAGGAUCCUGAUCCAAGGCCGCCGUGGCGUCAGCAGACCUCCAACCUGCGAUGUGGAACUGACUGAAAAGCUUCACGGAGAAACGACGCCGUCGCUGUCACGCUGCAGCAAAGCAGAACUCUUGAGCGUCACCAAUGGUGCCGAGCUACAUCUUUAUUGUUUUUCUCUCAAACUUUGCCACACAGCUGAAUGUGAUUGGUUGAUGAGGGGAUGAAGUCGACACACCAACCAGCGCCAACUGAAUUCCAUCAGAACCAAAAACAAGGAAGUGGGAGGUGCAAAUACUGAAGAUUUUUCUCACAUUGUUGUCAGUAGUAAACCAUUGAACACCAGCUGUCAGUUACAUUUAAAGCUGUAAAUUCAAACUGUGGGCUUUUCAGAAUCACCACGUUACAUAAAAGCUGAAACUUUCAUCUGAAAUUUUG